AUGACAAAUAUUUAUUAUAGCAGAAAUGAUAUGUUGUUCAAAGUGAUCGCUACUGUAAUUAUUAUUAUAAUUAAGUUAUGUGAUGGUCAAAGUAUAGUAAAUUUGUUUGAUUUUGUUGCCCCUAUACUCGGUAUAUUAAGUAGCGGUACAAAUAAUGUUUGUUACGAUGAUUUGGGCUGUUUUAGUAACGACGGUCCCUAUCAGUCCUCAUCGUUGCGACCAAUCAGUUGUGUCCCACAAUCACCGCAACUCAUCGGAACUCAAUUCUUAUUUUAUUCACGCGAUAAUCCAAAUGAUCCGCAAAUCAUCGAUGCAUUGAACACAAAGUCAUACAAAAAUAUAGAUUUUGAUCCCAAAUUAAAUACGAAAAUUGUAAUCCAUGGAUAUAAAGCCGGAAUACUUGAGUAUGGGUUUCAACACAAUUCAUUUGAAGUCGUAAAAGACGGCAUAAUAUUCAAUGAAGAAUCUAAUGUAAUACUUGUUCAGUGGAUGGGAGGCGCAAAUGGACUAUACUUUCAAUCGGUGGCCAAUUGUCGAGUAGUUGGCGCUCAGAUAGCUUUACUUAUUAAUCAUUUAAUUAAAAAACGCAACGCAAAGCCAGAAUUAUUUCAUUUGAUUGGUUUUAGUUUGGGCGCACAUAUAUCGGGAUAUACAGGCAAACUGGUGGCCAAUUUAGGUCGAAUAACAGCACUGGACACCGCUAAACCUUAUUUUGAUGGCGUGUCUCACAGUAUAAGACUUAGCUCAGAGGAUGCCUUAUUUAUCGAUGCUUUACAUACAGAUAACGACAUUGGAUCAAUGAAUGCUACGGGAAAUAUAGACAUCUAUUUCAAUGGUGGCGAACAACAGCCCGGUUGUAGUCAUCAAAUAUUUGAUACAGUCAUUAAUGAAGGAAUAUUAUAUGGUUUAUUUGAAACACUUUCCUGCGACCAUAAGAGAGCACUGGACUAUUACGCCGACUAUUUGUUGACUUCAAAAGCCGAUUGUAAACCAAUAGCUUAUCGAUGCGAAAGUUGGGAAAAAUUUAUGUCAGGAUUUUGUUGGAGUUGUGGGCAAAAUGGAGAGGACUGUAUAAUUGUUGGACUUAAUAAUACUUUUAACAAUAAUGGUAUUUCUUAUAGAAAUCCCGAUAAUAAGUUUUAUAUAAUAACAAAUGAUAGACAACCUUAUUGUGUUUAUCAAUAUUUGGUUCAAAUGACAGCACAUUCAACAAAAUCGAAAAUUGAUGCCAACGUUAAUAUAAGACUCUAUUCAUAUAACAACACGUUUAAUGACAAGAGUGGGUAA